CGACGCGUUUGGCCCAGGGACCACUAACGAACGUACGGCACAUUGAUGGUUGAGGAAUUCCACAGCGGUAUGGAGAGCCUUGAAGAUGACGAGCGUAGUGGUCGGCCAUCCGAAGUUGACAACGACCAACUGAGAGCUUUAGUCAACGCCAAUCCACGCACAACUGUUCGAGAGCUUGCUGCAGAAUUGGAUGUAACGCCAAUGACAAUUUCCAAUCACUGGUGUCUUCUGCACAACAAUAAAGAACCAUUUCUCGAUCGAAUUGUGACGUGUGAUGAGAAAUGGAUCCUCUACGGCAAUCGACGAAGUUCAGCUCAGUGGUUGGACCGUGAUCAAGCUCCUCAACACUUUCCGAAGCCAGCACUUCACCAAAGGAUGGUUAUGGUGCCUGUUUGGUGGUCCGGUGUCAUCCAUCACAGCUUUCUGAUUCCGGGCGAAACGAUUACGGUGGAGGAGUACUGCCAACAAAUCGAUGAAAUGCACCAGAAGCUCCAACGUAUGUGCCCGAAAUUGGUCAAUAUGAAAGACCAAUUCUCCACGACAACGCUCGCCCGCACGUCAAACAACCGACCCUGCAGAAGUUGAACGAAUUGGGCUAAGAGACUCUGCCUCAUCCAGCAUACGUACACCAUGAAUCUCGUGGUUUUAACAGUCAUAUUCGUACUGAAAGAUCGCUUCACUUGAUAUCUCUUCGAUUCCUCAUCCGGUGUGAGGUAAUUGGAAAUUUUGAGCAGCU